GUUUAUUCCUAGCGAUCGAGAAGAGAGCACCUAAAGUAGAAGUAGUUCCAUCGCAACAUAGAGCAUCAAUCAUGUCCAAGGGAUCGGUAUUGCCGCAGUAUAUUGCCGGCUUGUCGGCCAGCUUCGGUGCCCUCUGCAUGGGCGCCUCCAUCGGAUGGUCCUCGCCCGUCGAGAACAUGAUCACGGUGAACGAGGACUAUGGGUUCCCCAUAACUUCCAGUCAAUUCGGAUGGGUGUCCUCGCUUCUGACCCUUGGCGCCACGGUGGUCUGCAUUCCCAUCGGUUUCGCUAUCGAUUGGAUUGGCAGGCGACCCACAAUGUUGGCCCUGAUCCCGCCCUAUAUGGUCGGCUGGGUGCUCAUGCUGUUCGCCAACAAUGUAACCAUGCUAUACUUCGGCCGCUUCAUCCUGGGCAUGUGCGGAGGAGCCUUUUGCGUCACUGCUCCCAUGUACUGCACCGAGAUCUGCACGACGGCCUUAAGAGGCACGAUCGGCGCCUUCUUCCAGCUACUGAUUGUGUCGGGUGUGUUCUACGGCUAUUUGGUGGGCGCCUUCCUGCCGCUGCUGACCAUCAACAUCCUGUGCGCCAUCCUCCCCCUGAUCUUCGCCACAGUGCACUUCUUCAUGCCGGAGUCCCCCGUUUACUUGGCCAUGAAGGGUCGCAACGAGGAUACCGCCAAGGCAUUGCGCUGGCUGCGUGGCAAGAACGCCGACAUCGAUGACGAGCUAAAGGAAAUCUUUGAGGAGUCCCAGAGGCAGAGUGAUUUGCCGAAGGUUAACAUUUUGGCUGCUCUUCGCCGUCCCAUCGUUUUGAAAGGACUGGGUAUAGCUGUGCUGCUUCAGGUGUUCCAACAGUGGACGGGUAUCAACGCUAUUCUAUUUUACUCUACCUCCAUAUUCGAGGAUACCGGCUCUGGUCUAAGUGGCACCGACGCAACUCUAAUCAUCGGAUUCGCCCAAGUCAGUAGCACACUAGUGGGCGUGGCCAUUGUCGAUAAGGCCGGUCGGCGGAUCCUGCUUAUAAUCUCCGGCUUCUUGAUGGCCAUAACCACCGCCUUGAUGGGAGUCUACUUCCAACUGAGCGAGAGUAACCCCGGCUCGAUGGACAACUACGGCUGGCUGCCCAUCAGCAGCAUCUGCAUCUUCAUCGUCUUCUUCUCGAUCGGAUUCGGCCCAGUUCCGUGGCUGAUGAAUGCAGAACUCUUCUCGGAAGACGUGAAGAGUGUGGCGGGUUCGAUUGCCGGUACCAGCAACUGGUUGUCGGCCUUCAUGGUCACGUUGCUCUUCCCGAUCCUCAAGGAAGCGAUCGGUCCAGGACCCACCUUCUGGAUUUUCACCGCGAUCGCCGUAAUCGCCUUCCUUUACUCGCUGUUCUUCGUGCCGGAGACCAAAGGCAAGUCGAUAAUCGAAGUCCAGCACAUGUUGUCCGGAGGAAAGGUCGACAAGAGCGCUGAAAAGAACGAAACGUGAAUUUACGUUAGUUAGUCUUAGGUAAGCCAAUAAGAAAAUUGUGUAAUAAUUAUUUGUGUAAGAACUGAGUAUCAUUAUCAAUAAAGUCAAACACUUCCAAAUUAAA